AUGGCAUCGACAUUAUCAUCGAAGAUCCAGCGGUCUACUAUUGUGCUGUCCUCCACUGCAGUCAGAACCCCGGCGCGCAGCACGGCAUCACCCGCCGCGGCCUUGCACCGAGCUAUCUCCGCACCAACAAGAGGCCUGGUCACUUGUCCUCAGAACCGUACCUUGCGCAGCCGCCUGGCACCACCAUGCAGCCCGCAAACAAAGUCCAUCCCGAACACCAAGAGCCCGCGCCGAGUGCAGUCGCGGUGGAACAGCGAUGAGACAAGCCCAAUCAAACUCCGGGAAUGGGGAUUCGAAGAAAUCAACGCCGCCCUCCCAACCUCAACACCAAGCCCGACCCACAAGCCCGUAAUCCUCAUCGACGUGCGCGAGCCCGCUGAACUCAAAGGCACGGGUAUCAUCCCAUCCGCAGUCUGCAUCCCGCUUGCAUCGCAGGGAGAUGCAUUGUACCUCACGCCGGACGAAUUCGAGACCCGGUUCGGGUUCCCUAAGCCUGAUCCUGCGGAGAGUGAGGGCGAGCCUGCGCAGAUGGUCUUCUAUUGUAAGGCUGGGGUGCGGGCUAAGGCGGCGGCGCAGAUGGCUGUGCAGGCUGGAUAUGACCCUGCUAAUGUUGGGGUUUAUAUGGGUAGUUGGUUGGAUUGGGAGAGGCAUGGGGGGGAAGGUUGA